CCCGCCCACUCAUCGCUGAUCACGUGACCUCACCGGACCGAGGCGCGGGCACCCCGGGAUCCCCCUUAAAGGGGCCGCGACCCCGGAAGUGCGGUCGCCGUGGGUGCGGGGCUCUCAGGGUGGGCGCUAGGGGUCCCCCAGGCGCUGGAGGCUCUAGGGAGGCUUGGGCCCAUAGGGCUGGGAGGUCGCGGGGGGACCCGACCUAUGAUCCCUCCCACCCCGCAGGCCGCGAUGCUGUCGCAGAUCUUCAUCCUCUCGUCCAAGGGCGACCGCUUGGUCCACAAGGACUUCCGCGGGGAGUCGGAGGAGGGUGGCACGGACCUGGCCGACACUUUCUACAGGAAAAUCACAGCACUACCCGGCGACCAGGCACCUGUCUUCAUGGCACACGAGGGGUUGCACUUCGUGCACGUGAGACACGCCAGCCUAUACUUUGUGGCUACGACAACAGCACAGGCCUCCCCCUUCGCCCUGGUGGAGUUCCUCAACAGGCUGGCAGCCCUGAUCCGGGACUACUGCGGGCCCCUGAGCGAGAAGAGUAUCAGCCUCAACUUUGCCCUCAUCUACGAGCUGCUGGAAGAGAUGGUGGACUAUGGCUACAUCCAGACCACAGCGCCUGACGUGCUGCGCAACCUCAUCCAGAGUGAGCCAGUGGUCAGCAAGCCCUUUAGCCUGUUGGACCUGGGCAGCAUCGGCCUGUUCGGAGCAGAGACGCAGCAGAGCAAAGUGGCUCCCAGCUCAGCUGCCAGCCGCCCUGUGCUACCACCCCGUGGGGAGCAGGGUGCACGGAACGAGGUCUUCUUGGAUGUGGUGGAGAGGCUGACAGUUGUCGUCGCUACCAAUGGCACCCCUAUGAAAGCUGACAUCCAGGGAGAGAUUCGGCUCAAGAGCUACCUGCCCAGCUGCCCUGAGAUGCGCAUUGGGCUGACAGAGGAGUUCUGCGUGGGCAAGUCAGAGCUGCGAGGCUAUGGCACGGCCGUGCGGGUGGACGAAUGCGCCUUCCACAGCUCUGUGCGGCUGGAUGAGUUCGAGAGCAACCGUGUGCUCAAGGUCACCCCCAGCCCGGGGGAGCUCACAUUGAUGCAGUAUCAGCUCUCGGAUGACCUUCCCUCAACCCUGCCCUUUCACCUCUUCCCCACUGUGGACCGGGACCCCACAGGCAGGCUCCGUGUUUACCUCAAGCUGCGCUGUGACCUGUCCCCCAAGAGCCAAGCCCUGAACGUUCGUGUGCAGCUGCCUGUGCCCAAGGGGGUUGUCAGCCUGUCACAGGAGCUGAGCAGCCCGGAGCAGACAGCAGAGCUGCAGCUAGGCUCCAAGUGCCUGCACUGGAACAUCCCACGCUUCCAAGGUGGCUCCCAGCUCUCUGCCCUCUUCAAGCUGGAGGUGCCGGGGCUGAGUGGUGCAUCGCUGCUAGAGCUGGGCCCGGUGCACAUGGCCUUCGAGCUGCCCAUGCACACAUGCUCAGGGCUGCGCGUGCGGUUCCUGCGUUGCACAGGCAUGCAGCCUGGCCUGCCCCACCGCUGGGUGCGCUACGUCACGCACAGCGAUGCCUAUGUGCUGCGCCUCUGACUCGUCAACACCACUGCUCACCAACACCGGCUUUAUUUACUGCACCAGGCCCAACCAGCGCCAACGGGGCUGCCAGGAAAACUCCAAUAAACCUUGAACUCAA